AAGGGCUCCGCCUGCCGCAUGCGUGGCUGUGGUGUGUCCCCCCCCCCCCGAAACGCACACACAGCCCCCGGUAAAGGGCACCGUGAGGCAGCAGCAGCAGCCCCCGGCCAUGCUGGGGGAGCUCAACGAGCUCCUGGGCGCCUCCCCUCAGCGCCCGGGCACGGGCAAAUUCACGCUGCUGCGGGACGCCAGGACGGACGGCAGCUUCCUGGUGCACCAUUUCCUCUCCUUCUACCUCCGAGCUGGCUGUAAGGUUUGCUUCGUGGCCCUGCUCCAGUCUUUCAGUCACUACAACAUCGUGGCACAGAAGCUGGGAGUCAGCCUGACAGCCGCCAGGGAGCGGGGCCAGCUCGUCUUCUUGGAGGGCCUCAAGUCCUGCCUCGACCUCUUUUUUGGGGAGAAGGAGCCGUCGGGAGAGCCCAGUCCUCUCCAGUUCCUAAGCGGGAGCACCUCCAACCUCAAAGCCUUGUUUGACUUCGUCCGGACCUCGCUGACACCCGCCGGGGGCGACUCGUGGCGGGGCCCCGUGCUGCUGGUGGACGAUCUCAGCCUCCUGCUCAGCCUGGGCGCCUCGCCGGUGGCCGUGCUCGAUUUCAUCCACUACUGCCGGGUGGUGGUGUGCUCUCAGCUCCAGGGGAACAUCGUGGUGCUGGUUCACGGCAGCGAGGAUGGAGCAGAUGAAGAAAACGAGCUGCUCGGGACCGCCCUGAGUCAUCACAGCGACCUGAUCCUGUGGGCAGAGGGGCUGGCGACCGGCUUCUGCAAAGAUAUUCACGGAGAGAUUAAAAUAAUUAAGAGGCUGUCGCUGCAGUCAACGGAGCAGGACGUCGUCCAGGUCUACCAGUACAAGAUCCAGGAGAAGAACGUCAGCUUCUUCGCGAGGGGGCUUUCUGCAGCCGUGCUGUGACGCGGUGAGGUCCAGGACAGCAACUUUUUGGCAGAGCUGCCACCGAACCACCCCGCCGGCCUCACCCCUGCCUUCCAGGAGCAAAACUGAGAGAGGACUUCGACACGCAAGCGUGGGCAGCGGCUUGCCAAGAGCUUAGCGCAUCCCUUUGUCCUCCCACCCCGUUCCCAACCUACCAAGGCCACGAGGAAGAGCGAAAAACGGCCGAGGGUGUCCCUCAGAGCGUGUGAGCACAGGCAGGAGGGUGCCCCGGGGGGGCCGGGUGUGCCUCGCCUUUUCCGCUGGUGCCAGGCUGGUGCCAGGCGGCGGCGUGGUGGCGGGGAGCCACCACCCCGCCCUGCCACUUGGCGAGGUGACGCAGAGCUGCUCGGGGAGCGUGUCGCAACCCUUACCUUUCUCCCAGCUGGGGCGGAGAGGUUUGCUCAACGCCCCGUUAAAAAAAAUAAUAAAAAAAAAAACAACAAAAAAAAA